AUGUCAACCGCAACAGAAAAUGGGAUUGGGGGGGCUUGGAGUUCCAACAGAGAGAAAACCUAUAAGAAGACGACAUCAUCGGCGUUGAAGGGAGCCAUUCAGCUCGGCAUUGGCUAUACAGUUGGAAACCUCACCUCUAAGCCCGACAGAGAUGUGCUUAUGCAAGACUUCUAUGUGGUUGAGAGUGUCUUUCUACCCAGUGAAGGAAGCAACUUGACCCCGGCACAUCAUUAUCCGGACUUUCGCUUCAAGACCUACGCACCGCUGGCCUUCCGCUACUUUAGGGACCUGUUUGGCAUCAAACCUGAUGACUAUCUAUACUCAUUAGUCAAUGAGCCUCUGAUUGAGCUGACCAACCCUGGAGCCAGUGGCUCGCUCUUCUACUUGACCAGUGAUGACGAGUUCAUCAUUAAAACGGUGCAGCACAAAGAGGCAAAAUUCCUCCAGCGAUUACUUCCUGGAUAUUAUAUGAACCUGAACCAGAAUCCACGCACCCUACUCCCCAAAUUUUACGGACUGUACUGUAUCCAGUCGGGAGGCAUCAACAUCCGCCUGGUGGUUAUGAACAAUGUGCUGCCUCGCUCGGUUAAAAUGCACUACAAGUACGAUCUAAAAGGAUCGACGUACAAAAGACGAGCGUCACGGAAAGAGAGAGAAAAAUCGUGUCCGACCUUCAAGGACCUGGACUUCCAGGACAUGCACGAAGAAGGGCUUUACUUUGACGCAGAGACUUACACCAAUCUGAUGAAGACUCUCCAGAGAGAUUGCCGGGUGUUGGAGAGUUUUAAGAUCAUGGACUACAGCCUGCUGCUGGGUGUCCACGUUCUGGACCAGAACCAAAGAGAAGGGCAGGAACAGGCAGCGGGCGAUCGAUCUAGACCUGUGGGCCAGAGGGUCCUCUACUCCACGGCCUUGGAGUCAAUCCAAGGGGACGGCAAGGCGGCUGAAGUCCUCACUACAGAUGAUACCAUGGGUGGCAUCCCUGCCAAAACACACAAAGAAGAGAAGCUGCUCAUCUUCCUUGGCAUCAUUGACAUUCUACAAUCAUAUAGAUUCAUAAAGAAGUUGGAGCAUUCAUGGAAAGCUCUGGUGUAUGAUGGCGAUUCCGUGUCGGUGCACCGGCCCGGUUUCUACGCCAGCCGCUUUCUCAAGUUCAUGAGUACUCGUGUCUUCAGAAAGACUCACCAGAUUCGAUUUUCCCCUUCAAAGAGGACACGCACAUCAAUCCACGCUCUGAAGUCGUCCUCACAGGAGAUCCUUUCGUCGCAGGCGGAUGAGAGGGACGAAGACCAGAGCGGGGGCAACCGUAGGUGGGGGGCCCGCAGUCUAGCGAGUCUGGAUGGACAAGGUGUGUAUGGCUCUUAUCUACAUCCUGAUCUGGUCCCCCCCAACCCAUCUUACUUUGAGGGCUCCUCAGUGGGCACGCUGUCAUGUUCCUCCAUCAUGGUUGGCGUGGACAACCAAACAGACGAAAGAGAGGACGCCGGCUCCAGCUCCACGUUCACCUUGGAGGACAGCGCCAUCUGCCUCACAUCUGAGAACAGCACCAUGGACGUGGACACGGAGCGCGACGACGGCUCCGUUCUCGACGUCUACUUGGUCAGUCUGUCACAGCCACGUGAUCCCCUGAAAUCCGCUUCUGAUAUUAACGACAAUUUUUUGUUUCGUCUCCUGCAGUGA